AGCUGCCAUUGGCCUAGCGGAGGAGAAAAUGAGGCGCGCUACUUCCUCGGUACUGUAGUGUGCGUCGAGGUAACGGGUCGGUUGGAGCUCUGCGGCGGAGCAGGAUGCUGGUGUUAGUGCUAGGAGACCUGCACAUCCCACACCGAUGCAGUGGUCUGCCAGCAAAGUUCAAGAGCCUCCUGGUUCCAGGGAAGAUUCAGCAUAUUUUGUGCACAGGAAACCUCUGCACCAAGGAAAGCUAUGACUACCUCAGGACUUUGGCUGGGGACAUUCAUGUUGUUAAGGGGGACUCUGAGAGCCUGAAUUAUCCUGAACAGAAGGUUGUAACUGUUGGGCAGUUCAGAAUUGGGUUGAUUCAUGGCCAUCAAGUCAUUCCCUGGGGUGAUGUGGCAAGCUUGGCAUUGCUACGGAGGCAGCUGGAUGUAGACAUUCUUAUCUCAGGACACACACACAGAUUUGAAGCAUUUGAGCAUGAAAAUAAGUUUUACAUCAACCCGGGAUCAGCUACAGGAGCCUACACUGCUUUAGAAACGAAUGUAAUUCCUUCAUUUGUACUGAUGGAUAUCCAGUCUUCUACAGUUGUGACUUAUGUAUACCAGCUAAUUGACGACGAUGUGAAAGUAGAAAGAAUUGAGUUCAAGAAAUACUGAUAUGUGUUUGAAACUGCUUGCUGACUUCUCACCACCUCUCUGAUUCCUUCUCUUUUAGUUAAAGCUGAAUCCGGCCACGUGGGGGUGCUGCUGCAGCGGCGUGUUGGGUUGUGAAUCUGCAACCACGUGAGCUUGUGAGGUUCACAACUAGGGUUUAGAGCAGGAGAAACUGAUCAAGAGAAAUGGGCCUAUAUUAAAAUACAUAUAUAUAUAUCCUAUGUUUAAGAAGGAAGUGCUGUUGUGUCCUUGCCUUGCGGAGUUGCAGCUAGUGGUUGCUUGGGAUUGAACCUCUGUAAAAUGAGCAUAGAAUAAAACAGUAUUUUCAUGUUUCUGAA